AGAAUUAAUGGUUGGAGUGGAUUGGAAAGAGACAAGCCCGUCCAAAAGAAAAGCCAUCGUGACAAAGAAAAUGAGAAAGACCACAACUGGAGCCAUUUAAAACCAGUUAGGAGGCAAGAGCCAAGAGCCGAAGGCAACACUGGGAAGGAAGCUAAAACCUCUUGA